GCCCGGACUGGAUUAUAACGGUCGAAGGUGGAGCUCCAGUACGAGCGAAGGAAUCCUGAUUCAUCUGUCACAGCAAGUGAAGACCUGAAAUGCUGGAGCUUCUUGUGAUUAGCUGAAGAAGAAUUUUUAUAGACGCACAAUCCAAUAUGUGGCUGGAACUUCUACUGCACCUGUCUGCAGGUCUCAUCUCACCUGCCUUCCCAGGGGCUCUUGGAACUAAAGCAAAGACCCAAGUCAAGAACAACUCAGGUGUGACGCCUGCUGGCCAGUGUGGCGCGUGGGUGAAGGAGCCUGAAGGGGGGUACUUCACAUCACCCAACUACCCUGAGAAAUACCCCCCUGAGAGAGAAUGUGUCUACAUCAUAGAAGCUGCCCCCAGACAGUGUGUGGACUUGUUCUUUGAUGAGAAAUACUCCAUUGAACCUUCCUGGGAAUGUAAAUUUGACCACAUCGAGGUGCGCGACGGGCCAUUUGUUUUCUCGCCCAUCAUCGGACGAUUCUGUGGUCAGGAGAGUCCAGCUUAUGUCCGCUCCACUGGAAGGUACCUCUACGUCAAGUUUGUAGCAGACGGAGAACUGGAGGCCAUUGGCUUCUCUGCACGUUACAACUUCACACAGGACCCGGAGUUUAAAGAUCUGGCUGACGUACCGGAGUUGCCUUUUUGUGAGUUUGAAAUGACAACACCAGAGGGAAUUGUAGAGUCGUCCCAGAUCUACAGAGACACUAAGGCAUUGGCAACGGAAGCAGUGGACUGCAGGUGGUACAUCCAGGCUCCACCAAGGGCAAAGAUCUACCUGCGGUUCCUGGAGUACGAGAUGCACAACUCCAACGAGUGCAAGCGUAAUUUUGUAGCCAUCUAUGAUGGCAGCAGUUCUGUGGAGCACCUAAAGAACAAGUUCUGCUCCACGGUGGCCAAUGAUGUCAUGCUGACCACGUCAGUGGGCGUAGUCCGGAUGUGGGCCGACGAGGGAAGCAGGAACAGUAGAUUCAGGAUCCUGUACACCGUUUUUCAUGAACCACCAUGUGAAGGGGAAGCCUUCUUCUGCCACAGCAACAUGUGCAUCAACAACACUCUGGUCUGCAAUGGCAUCCAGAACUGUGUUUACCCCUGGGACGAGAACAACUGCAAAGAGAAGAGGAAGCCCAGUAUUUUGGACACGAUGGACAACACCAACCUCAGCAUCAUCGGAGUGACCUGUGGCCUGGUUCUCAUCAUGCUCAUCAUCUCUGUUGUCAUUCAGAUUAAACAGCCCCGCAAGAAAUACAUCAUCCGCAGAGAUGACUUUGACCCAGCUCUCCUGCACCCAAACUUUGAGCCCCCCCACUAUGAGCUCUGCGCCUUGCGUCGAGAUCCAUCCGGUGACCUGAAUGAUGCUGCAAUAGCCGAGGAGUUUGAGAAAUGUCAGAAGUUCCGCCGCUCCUCUUCCAAAUGCAUCCGUGACCACCACUGUGGCUCUCACGGGAGCAUGCACGGCAGCAUCCAGGGGAGCCGCAGCAGCCUGAGCCUCAAAGAGAGCACCGCCGACUGUGACAUGGGGACAGUGGUGCCUCCACCAGUGCCUCCUGUGAUGGUGAGCCAGCAGUCCCCCCACCUCUCUCACCACAACACCCCAACUGGACGGAGGAACAUUGUUGUCAUGAAACACAGUUACUCCCAGGACGGAGCCGAAUACAGGGAUGACAUGGACGAUGACCAGAUAGUGGCUCAUGGCCCAACGACCAGCAGACAGCACAUUCACCACUAUCAGAUGCAUCAUCAUGGCAUGCCGGGUGUCGACCAAAUGGUCCACCGUACACUGUCAAAUGACUUCUGAUGAAAGUACAAGCUCGACGAGUUGAGUAACGCGUUGGGCUUGAAUGAGUGGUAAUUAUUUUAUCAAUGUGUUCAGUGUAUCUUUGAGAAAAAACACUGUCGUGAAAGUUACCGCUCAUGAUUUCCUACAGAAACACAACCUCCAUGGGACCAAUUUUUCUUAAGGCGAAGGAGAAAUGAAUUUGCUUUCUGGUCUAAUCAUAGUAAAUAUUCACUGUCAACAAAAAAUUAUGUUUGAAUGUUUUAUUAUUUUCCCUUUGUUGUCUGUCAUCAUCUCACAUAUUAGUCAUUUAUUAUGGUAGAAUUCCGAAAUAAAUAUAACAUUUUUCUUGCUUACGCUUUUCCAGUUAGUUAUAAUUUAUUCUUCUGCACUAUAAUUACAAGAAAAAAAAAGCAAAACUGUGCUAUUGUGGCCGAUACCCGCUAUCUCAAUCCAUAGUUGAUGGUACAGUCACAGACAUGCAGAACAGAAAUGCCAAAUGUAAUGUACGUCAAGUAUUGAUGAGGAUAAAUAAAAGUAUUGCUUCCUGGGAAAAUACACAAUAAAGUAAAAAUGUGAAUAAUCCAUACAUGUAUGAAAUGUUUAAUGUUUUGCACUGAUAAUAAUUCAGACAGUUGGAAGUGAGGAAGACGGUAGCUUCCCUUACCAUACGAUGUUUCGUAUGUUUUGAUGUGAGUAAAAUGAGACUAUAUUCUUGGUGAUGAUGAUCUGGACUAGUAAAACUGAACUUGA